GCCUCCAGGAGAUCAGGAUAGGAUAGCCCUGUCUCGUCUCCCAGUCUCCCGCCUCUCGUCUCCCAGCAACAAAUCCAGGCAGCCAUGGCGUCGUUCACCCUCCACCCACUGAUGCCGACUGUCGCCACGGCCGCGGCCGCUUCCACAGCCACAACUACCUAUCCCGCCCGCCGCAGCGGCUCUGCCACACUCCGGCGCCGCCGGCAACCAGUGACGUGCAAGGCCGAGCCCAGCGGCGGCAACAGCACCGUCGAGCUGGCCGCGGGGGCGGCCGGGCUGGCGUCGAGCGCGACCGUGGCGUGGUCACUCUACACGCUCAAGACGACGGGCUGCGGCCUCCCCCCGGGCCCCGGUGGCGCGCUCGGCGCGCUGGAGGGCGUCAGCUACCUCGUGAUCGCGGGGCUCGUCGGGUGGUCGAUCACCACCAAGGUGCGCACCGGAUCGGGCCUCCCGGCGGGGCCCUAUGGCCUCCUCGGCGCCGCCGAGGGCGUGUCGUACCUCACCAUCGCCGCCAUCGCCGUUGUGUUCGGGCUGCAGUUCUUCCAGCAGGGAUCGAUCCCUGGUCCAUUGCCGUCGGAGCAGUGCUUUGGCUAAAAUGGCUCAUGUCGUGCGUUGUGUGGCGACCUGGGUGUUCCUGGUUGAGUUUCUUGAUUGUACCGUGAAAUCAAUAGGUUUGGCUAUGCAUAUGUGUGUUCAAUUUCAA